UAGCAUUUUAUUGUCUUGUUGAGAUCCGUGUGUUUGUGAGUGUUACCGUACAUGUUGGCUGCAGUUAUUUACGUUUAAGGAGAUUCGUAUAUUAACUUUCUUAUUAAUAAUCUGCGGUAUUAUUUUAAAGGGUAUCUGCCGAAAUAACAAUUGUGUCUUUGCCUAACAAUAUCUAUAAAUGGCCGUGCAAUUUCCACUAUGCCCAGCAUCACUAAAGACUAUCCAACAUUAUUUAAAAACAGCAUCUGAGCAUGAUCAACGAGAUCCAGUUAUUAGUUACUGGUGUCGCCUUUAUGCUCUCCAGAUGGGACUGAAGAUUGAUCGGAAGUCAGAUGAAGCAAAAGCACUUUUAACAAGUCUUAUGAAUUGGUUAGAAACACAGAAAAGGGCAUUAUUAGACAAUGAAGCCAUAACACAUGAACUUGCAGCCCAAGCCCAUAUAGAAAAUUAUGCCUUAAAACUUUUUGUAUAUGCUGAUAGCCAAGACAGAGCUGGAAACUUUGGAAAGAAUGUUGUGAAGGCCUUUUACACUUCUGGAAUGUUGUUUGAUGUCCUCACAACAUUUGGAGAGUUGUCAGAAGAACUUCUUCAAAAUAGAAAAUAUGCCAAAUGGAAAGCUGCUUACAUUCACAAUUGUCUGAAAAAUGGCGAGACGCCUGUUCCAGGUCCGCUACAGGAAGAAGAUAAACUGGGUGAUGGCUCCCAGAAUCAAGAAGAAGAUUCUGAUCCUAUGAGUUCUGGACUUCAAGGAGAUUAUAGAGGAACUGCUGGAACAAGUGGAAUAGGUUUUGUACAUCCUCAGAAUCCCCCAAGUGGUUUUGAUGCACCAAUACCAGCUGCAUCUAGUAUGUAUGCCCCCCCUACCACUCCAAGCCAUACCCCUAGUUAUCCUCAUGGCUUCAGUCCGUAUAACCCUCCAGCCACAGCUGCAGUACCAAAUGAUGGAGGAAUUCAUUCAGUAUCUAGCUUUGGAAAUGAAGGCUCAAGUUUGGAAGGAGGAGUUAAACUGAACCCAGAACAAAUGAACAAAGCCCAGAAAUACUGUAAGUGGGCUGGCAGUGCACUCAACUAUGAUGAUGUUCCCACGGCUAUAACAAACUUGCAAAAAGCUUUAACAUUGCUUCAAACUGGACAAGAUGGUUGAACGUGUAACACAUGAUAUACUGUACAGCAUGGCAUACUGUGUUAUCAGCAGGUUUCAUAAAUAGUCCUGAUGCUUUCACCUGUGUUCAGCACUAAGAAGAUUUACUUUUUUAUUUAUGUUGUGUAUAUGCCAAUAUUAUUUGUGGUGAGCAUUUAUUAACUUCAGGAUAUUUUCAUCAUUUACAGUGUUGAAUAUGUCAACUGUGAGAAGUAUUUGAAGCAGUUCUCAGGGUGACACGUGAUUGUGUAUGUAUGUAUAUAUAUAUAUGUCAUACACUUUAGAAAGGAAACUGUAGGAGUUCAUUUUGAAUAUUAAGUGAGUGGUCCUUAAAAUAAACUAAUGAAAACAAAACAUACUAAUUGUAAUACUUGUGUAAUACCAGAGCCAUAUAUAAAAUUUCAAGCAUAAUAAUGAAAAAUUCUUUGUUAUACCAUCAGUUUCCUACACAGUUGAAAGAAUCUUGUUUCAAUUUUAGGGUUGUUGCAGUUAUUCAUUGUCUGUACUCAGAGAAUUAUCUUAAUUUAUAUUAUCAUGAUUGUGGGGUUACCACAAGAAGGUGCAUUUUGUAUUACUGGGUGAGAGGCACUCUAACCCUUCAGGCAGCAUAAGAAACCUUGUGUGUCUCCUGACAGAAGACUGUGGAAGCUGCGCGGACAUAGUGUGUCUUGAGAGAAGUCUGUGGAAGCUGCACGGAGAUAGUAUGUGUUGAGAGAAGACUGUGGAAGCUGCGCGGAGAUA